GGCUGCUCUCUUCCAGGAAGGAUGAGGGGUUAUUCGGUAUGUGCAGUAUAAAUAUCAUCAUUGUAUCUCAUUGUUGAUUGAAGAAAGCCAUGUUGCAACUGCCUAUGUUACAACCACUAUACCAAGCUGAGCUCUCAAGAAGUAUUCAAUUGUGUGUUUUUUUAAAAAGUGUAUGGAUAUGUAUAUAAAUAUAAGAUAUUUGAUAUAUUUAUUCAAGUGAUAACUGAGACAGCUUUGACAAAAGCUAUAUGGUAUAAUUAGUCACUAGAAAGUUGAUAGCCUACACAUGGGCAAAGGAUAGAAUAAUCUAGGUUUCUGGGUAAGUUUAACAUAUUCACGAGAAAAGGAGGAGGGGACUGGCAGAAAACUUUGGGACUUUUUCGAGUGUAGGCUAUUUAUAGGCUAUACAAUCUCACUGGAAAUGCCACAGUAGCCUACUGCAUGUGAACCCCGGGAAGAGCUAAGGAGAAACUACUUUUGAGAAGCAUCUCAUUUCUCUGAGCAUUUACUGUAAUAAAACUUAAAACGAUUGCUUCCAUAUGGACCACGUCAUCUGGUUUUGCAAGUUGAGCGUGUACAUCUGGUGUUAAAAACAGUAAUUCACUGUUGUCAACAUGGACUUAUGUGAAACUGGAAAUCUCAGGAGGUGGUGGUUAUUUUAUUUCCUGCCUGUGUUUCUUUUAACAAAUGAAGUGUCUCUACAGGAGACUGUUGUGGGUUUUAUUGGAGCCUCUGCUGUUUUACCUUGUUCUACUAAGAACUUUACAAGUGAAGACAUAGAAGUGCUGUGGAGACACAGCGGCCAGAAUGUGUAUGCUAUCAUAAAGUGUAAAGUCUCUGUGGAAGGACAGGAACCACCGUACAAGAACAGAACUGAAAGCUUCCCUGAGGAGUAUAAGACUGGAAACUUCUCCCUCAAACUCAACAACCUUCAACACACCGAUGCAGGAAAAUACAAGUGUUACAUCAACAUGAAGGAAUCAGUAAUCAGUGUUGAGCUUUUGAUUAAAGAGAGACAAACAAGAUCAUUCCCCAGUGAAGGAACAAAACCAAGACCAGAUGUGAUUGUAAUGAUCAUUUCCGUUCUGUGCACGGGCAUUAUAUUUUCAUUGGCUGUAAUAUGAACCAGUCCCAGGCCUCAUCUGAUGCGCUGCAGAAAGUUACAAUUAUUUUAUUAUAAUCGCUAGGACCCAUUUCUCAAUACUUAAGGCACUUUUUCAAAACUCCCCACACAGUUCUGCAACAAUACAUUUCAGCUUGGCACAGCAGCUAAUUUCAAAUUCAAAAUGCACUAAAACUAUAAAAACACUUCAUACUUCUUGUGUUAAAUCAAAUCGUUCUUCCAUAGCACUAUCAAAGAUUGUCACCUCAUAAAAUAAUGAUCUAAGAACAUUAUACAACAUUUUCUUUUGUAAAAUUGUUUUAUUGCGGUUUUAUUCCAAUUUGUAUAUGUUAGGUUUUGACCUUAGGUUUUACUGUAAAAGGACUAUGUAAACAUGCAAGUUGCUCUGUAGGAGUAAGAAAGGAAUUCUUGUAAUUGGAAAGCUGUCAUCACUGAAUGUUUUCUCUGCGCCAAUGCAAUGAUAAAUAAUGCACAGUUUAGGCCACAUAGACUGCGGUUGCGCUCACUGUGUGAAGAGUUUUGGGAAAGUGACCUAUGUAUUGAAAAAUUGGUCUUAGCAAUUAAAAAAAAAACUAUGUAAUGUGAAUAUAGCAAUGUUUUGUGCUGAUAACCACCAUAAUAAUACAGAUGCUAAAUAGAAAACCACGUCCAGAACUACUGUCCAGACAACAUUGCCAGAACUCGUUUAUAGAUGAACAUUUCAUCACACUAAAAAAUAGAAACAGAAAUAGCGUGCGACUUACAAAUGAGGAAUACAACAAGUGAUCCAUCAUAAAGAGGCAAAUAAACACAAGAAACGCUCAUAAUAUGAAGUUUCAGACUUUGUUUAGGCAAUUAUUAUUAUUAUUUUCCCAGUAGGAUGCAGUUAAGUGCUCAUAGAAGAAGACAUGAGUUUUCAGCUGUCAGGGAUUUGGUGUUCUGGAUGGGAAGAACAUCCCACCAGCCAGGAACAGUGAACAGAAAUGUUCUGGAAAGUGAUCUUGUGCCUCUCUGUGAUGGUACUGUGAGCUGUCGUUCACUUAACAAUCUCAGGCUUCUGAAGGGCUUGUAAACUCAUAAGAGCGAGUGGAAGUAGGAAGAUGCAGAGCCAGUGUAGACAGAUUUAAGAGAGAUGUUGUACUUUUGGCCUCGUUGAAGCCCAGUCGCACUGAUAUGUUCUGGAUCAUUUGUUAGAGGUUGAAUUGCGCAUGUUGGCAGUCCAGCCAGAAGAGCAGUGCAACAGUCCAGCCUAGAAAUGACAAGGGCCUGUAUCUUUUGGCUGGCAGAAGAAUGAGUAUUUUGGAUGUAUCACAAAAAUGUGAUAAAGUCUUAGGUCCAGUAAGACCUUAUAUAAGAGUAUUAUUUAAACAGUAUAUUUUAUGGUAAUUUUCUUUUUUUUUUUUACAGUAUUAUAUAUAUAUAUAUAUAUAUAUAUAUAUUGAUAUUAAACCAUUUAUUAUUUUUCCACUUACAUAUACAACAACUUACAGUUUUUACAGUAGAAAUGAUCCGUAGAUUAAUAACACAUAAUGGGUGCACUGAUGAAGAGAUCACAAGUUGUUUUCUGUCUGCAGUGCUCAAGAAUCAACACUUGUUUUUUACUGAAUGUGUAUGUGACAGAGAAGUGGACUCCAGUUUUGCUGUGUACCUUGUGUUGAUUCAUGGUGUUAUUCAUUUGAUAAAAUUUAUAUGGGGUUUGCAAUUUUAUAUUUCCUGUUUUAGCAGAGUGGGCGUCAAGCACACCAGUAGAGCGAGCGCUUUUGCUGCAGUAUAUGGAGAUGCUUGUGUACGAAUAUGUUUUGUUUUUGCACUACUCCCAGAGCAAAUGUGACCCUGGACCACAAAACCAGUCAUAAGUGUAAAUUUCUCGAAAUUGAGAUUUAUACAUCAUCUGAAAGCUGAAUAAAUAAGCUAUCCGUUGAUGUAUGGUUAGGACCGGACAAUAUUUGGCCGAGAUGUUCAACUAUUUGAAAAUCUGGAAUCUAAUAAAAAAAACUAAAUACUGAGAAAAUUGCCUUUAAAGUUGUCCAAAUGAAGUUCUUAGCUAUGCAUAUUACUAAUCAACAAUUAAGUUUUAAUAUAUUUAUGGUAGGAAAUUUACAAAAUAUCUUCAUGGAACAUGAUCUUUACUUAAUAUCCUAAUGAUUUUUGGCUGGAAAAUUUUGGGAAAAUGGAUCAUUUUGACCCAUACAAUGUGUUUUUGGCUAUUGCUACAAAUAUACCCCAGCGACUUUCGUUUUGUGGUCCAGGGCCACAAAUGGUAAAACAUAAUGUUUACUUGGGUCUCAAUCACUUUUGUUUUGUGUAGUUCUUGUGUACAAAGCUGUGGGCCUUAUUAGCCAUUAUAUGCCACUUACAAUUGAAAUACCAACUGUUGUUCAAUAACAAUUAUUAAAAACCUGAAAUUAAAAAUAAAAACAAAUAAAUACA